AUGGCCGACAACGUUCCCAAUUCCCUCACCGACGGCACGGCGACCUUCGAUCCCGGCGAUGAGAAUCGGCGCUCCAGCCAUGAAUCCGAAUUCCCAGUCUUAGACCGUAAUGCCCUAUCAGCAUCCAAACGCCCUAAAAUUUGUAAGCGUGCUGGUGAACCUUUGGAGAAGCAGUCACCACCGACCCAACAACAAUCCCAGGAACCUAAUCAAGAGCCACAACCUCGCAAAUGGUCCUUUAAAGAUAUGGUCAAUAAGCAGAGACAACACGUGGAUAUGGUGCUGGAAGAUGAUGGGAAAGGGCCACAAAUUGGUGGAAUUUUCUAG